AUGGCUUCACUGUGGGGCAAGGCUGGAGAGCUGGGCAGGUCGGUUCUGGGACGUGAGAGGGACCCCGAGAAGUCCGUGUGGCCCGAGAGGGGCCACGCAACGGACCCCAACCCAGUCGACAGCGUGUCUCGGGCGCCUCCGGAGGCUUUGCUCCCCACUGUACUGCUCACCCCACCCCCGCUCCCAGUCUGCUGCCCGUACCUCGGGAAGAACCUCAUCUCCCCCAGAUCCCAGGGUCCCAGCUUGGGUCAGAGAGCUCGUCAUCCUGGCCUGUUAGAGAUCCUGACUCCCCGGGCCGGCAUCCGCGGCAUCCGCUAA